GUAUGUAGUACAGUUCGCGCCCUCUAGAGACUGAAAAGGUGUUGCUAGCCCGACUCUGCGACUGAAUUGUUCAUUUUUGCGGCAAAAUGUCGACCGACGAUAAUUCACUGCACAUAUCAUGGCACGACUCUGCAUGGAUACCUCAUCUCAAUCAAGCCAACAUCAUGGAUUACUUCUCCAAUAGAAGCAACCCUUUCUAUGAUCGUACAUGUAACAAUGAGAUCAUUAAGAUGCAGCGUUUGAGCCCAGAACAACUCAAAUCAAUGACAGGGUUAGAGUAUAUACUGCUGCAUGUGCAAGAGCCAAUCCUGUAUGUCGUUAGAAAACAGCAUCGCCAUUCUCUGGAAGAGUCCACCCCAUUGGCUGAUUAUUACAUCGUCGCUGGCAGAGUUUACCAGGCUCCUGAUAUCUGUGCAGUCAUCAAUGCAAGAAUGACAACAGCGGUUCAUAAUAUCCGGUCAGCAUUUGAAGAGUCCCUGUCUUACUCAAGAUACCAUCCCAGUAAAGGAUAUUGGUGGGAGUUUAAGGAGAAAGAUAGUGAAACAGAGAAGAAGAAGAGGAAGAAACCUAAGGAGGAACUAAGCUCCGCCUUCCAGAGGAAACGAGUAGACAUACUCCUGGGUGAUCUAUCGCGAAAGUUCCCUUUCAAAGUCAUUCAGCCCAAGCCUGGAGACCGACCAGUGCCUGUUGAAGGUAUGAGCUCUGAGAGUGCUUCAGCAAGACCUGUAAUCAAAGAAGAGAUCAAGGAAGAAAACAACCAAUCUCAGAACAAUGCAAACAUUACAAGUACCGGCUCCUCCUCAGUCCCAAGCAUGGCCGCUAGUGUUACCUCACAUAGUAACACUGUGACUGGACAAGCAGCUGCAGCAGCAGCAGCAGGGGCCGCGGCAGCCGCAGCAGCAGCUGCAGGACUCAGUAGUUCAACCAAUACAACAAGUAGUGCCAGUGGCACUUUCUUCACUAACACCGGACCUUCAAACAUGAAGCCAUCUUUAGCCAAGAAACGCAAAAUCAUGGGGAAAUGAUUUUCAAUAACCAGAACUCUAAUGUUAGCAUGAUCAGAUUCAUCUGCAAUACACUGCAGACAUCGAUGUGAUGAAAUUAGUUGAAACAGAAUGGACGAUGUAAAGGUUGUCAUUGCCUGGAUCUCUAACCUUGAUCUGUCCGUAUACCCGCCACGUACUUGAGACGAAGGAGAAGGUUUUAUUAUAGACAGUGAUGGCUGAAAACCCAAUACAUGUUUUAGUGGAUGGAGAUUUCUACUGAGAAACAGCUAUAGUGAUCCCCAUAAUGAAGGAGCGUUAGAAUGAUUUACCAUUACACUGAUGCACAGUCAAGUAAACAAGAUUACAGUAGGCCUUUGUGCCAAAUUAUUCUAAGAACACAUUUUAGGUGUCUGAUAUGUGAGAUAAUUCCAUAACGGUUUGGAUACACAGAAUUCUUUCAAUAUUGGAAUUGUGAUGCUAUAAAGAUACUUAUCUGACACAAAACAAAAAUGUAAGUCCAAGUUCAUGGCCUAUUCCUUGAAAAAUUGAUCAUAUGCAUUCCAAGGUUCCAUACUAUGAUGUCACAAUGAUGUCAGUUUGUGCAAUAUAAUGGAUGGUAUCUUCCAUUUUAAUAACAUGAUGAAAACUGGAGGAAAAAAACUGAUUUCAUUCUAGAAAUACCCUUUAAUGUUGUAACAUCUUCAAAUAUUUAAUUUGUGUACCGGUACACACACAUGAAUCCCUGUAGAAGUUUUAUUCGUUAAGACUGCAUGUACCUAUAUUUAGGUUAAGAUAACUUUCCUUUUUUUUUUAACCAAGAUUGCUUGUACAUGACUUGUAUUUAUGUCAAAAUGAGGUUAGAAAUAGAGAUGCAGAUAUGAAAAUCAUGAUGGAACUGAUUUUAACAUUAUCAAUGCUCCUAGUGUAGUUCCAACACAAAUUGAAAUGAAUGGGUGCUUUCUUACUGACAUACAUUAACAUUCAUAUGAUAAGAGUACAUCUUGUAUUUGAAAAGUUCAAGUGAUGGUUGCAUCUUCCUUGGUGCUAUGUCAGGUAAAUGUCUUGCAAGUUUUAGGGAUGUCAAUUGGAGUCAUUUUACAGGGUUGUGUACAUUAGAAACACUGGUUUUUCUUGUCUAUGUUUGCAUUUUUCCAUAAUGACUUCCUUGUCAAUUACAAGAUUCAAGUUUAUGCAGAAAUGUAAUAAUUUGUUAUCACACUAUGUUGUGCUUUGAAUUAAAUUGGCCUGUACAUAUAUGCCAUAUAAAUAUCAUCACGAAGAUCAUAUAUCUUGUCAAAUUGUAAUUCUUUAAAUUCAAGUCAAAUGUCUCUUUUGUAUGGAUACAAUUUCAUUGGAUGAUGUUGGAAAGUAGUAUGUUGUGAGGAAUUUAGGUAGUGAGAUUAUGAACCAUGAAAAAUAAAUUUGAACUUGGG